GCUGCUGCCAGGCCCCUAAUCUGCCAUGGGCCCCUAUAUACCGCCUCCUCAUGCUGCUGCCAGGUCCACAGUCUCUCAUGCCAUGUGCCACUUUCAGGUCUCCUCACACUGCUGGUGUGUUCCAUUUUUUGUCAUAGGGUGCUGGCAGAUUACGGGCCUCCCAUAGCUGCUGCCAGGCCCCUAAUCUGCCAUGGGCCCCUAUACCGCCUCCUCAUGCUGCUGCCAGGUCCAGAGUGUGUCAUGGGUCCCUGUACGGCCUCCCAUUGCUGCUGUCUCCAUCGCCACACUCUGCCAUGUGCCACUUUCAGGUCUCCUCACACUGCUGGUGGGUUCCAUUUUUUG